GGGGUUUGAAGGUUUUUGGAAAUGAUGUCAGAAGAAAAGAGUGAGCUUUACUCUACUGUAUUUAUUUCUGUAACGGGGCCCCGUACUCUGAAGCUGGGUCCUGUGAUAGUGGAUCAAUAUAGUAAUUUUAAUAGAUUUUAAUAAAUGUUAUAUGGACAUUUUUAAUAAAAUCAACCAGUUGCCCUCAAAGGGAUUCUGCAGUCAUUGAUUUGUGUAUUUUCUACAUUCAGUUUUAAUUCUUUUUUUAUUAUUAAUUUCCAGGACAUGGGCUUGGGGAUCGUGGGGGGCGAGCAUGUUCCUUGGUGUACAGGAAUAUUUGUAACCUGCCUGAUAAUGAUGCAGUUCUAUUAAAGAAGACACACAGAAAUGUACAGCAUUCAUGAGUGGCGUUUAGAGAGAGCUUUGCUCAGGUAAUCUUAUGAUGCAUCUGCGAAUGUUGCUUAUAAACAGACUCCAUGUUUAAUUUUCAUUUUAUCUUCAUCAAACUAUGAUGAAAUUGGAUACUUCUGCAAAAUGACAAGAAUAUAUUUAAAACAUAAGUUAGAAACCUGGAUUGUCAGUCCCCCAUCAUGUUGUUGUUACUGUCUUUUAAACAGGGGGUAUUAUUAUGCUGCAGGCCUAAUCCAGUUUGGAUGCUGGGUAUGAUUUUGAUGUGCUGUCGCUUUUUUGCAAGUUCACCACCAGUACUGUAAUUGCAUGCAAUUUGACUAAAAACCGCAAGGUGGUGCUGCCGUGCGGUUUCUUGGACAUUGAACGUGGAGCCUGGGACCAAACCUUGAUCGUAAGGUGGUUGUGUGUCACUCGUCUUUCUUGAUGAGAGAAAUGGAUGCUGAUAGACUGCAUCUGAUGAAUAUUACGCAGUCUAGCUACCCCAAAAGAGGAAUCUUCCUGUUUCUACGUAUGGCGACAGUAGAUUAACAUUUGCUACUGUUUACUGGUGACAUGCUGAAACAUUUUCACAAAGAAUAAAAAACACUGUCCAUAAAAUGGCGAUUUUGAAAUCGAAUACAAAAUGAAGCCCUGAAAGAUGGGUAGAACUUUGUACAACCUCAGCAUUUAAGUACGAUAUCAACUUUAGGACUUUUAACGAUAGGGGAAAAUAAUGCGAAGAGCGAAAUGUUGAUUGGAGAAUUACAGUCACGUGUCCUGAAGCUUUUUCCAAGUCACGUGGGCAGAGUCGAAACACGCUGUCUCGUUUUGCUACUCUGCAGUUUAGGGAAGCGCAGUGGGUAACGUUAUUGGCGUCUGUUAGUCCCAGAAAUAACGUGGUGUCUUUUGUGACUUUGUGUCAUGUCUGGUCACGGCCACGGACACGGGGGCCACAGUCACGGGUGUGGAUGCGAGGGUGAGCACGAGCCAGCGGAAAGGGGCCUGGAAUACGGGCUCUACAGGCGCAUUGACAUCGAGAAAGUGCAGUGCCUGAACGAGAGUCGUGAGGGCGAUGGUAAACUUGUUUUCAAACCUUGGGAUCAACGCACCGACCGAGAAAAGUAUGUUGACAGCGAUGCUGAUGAGGAACUCCUCUUCAACAUCCCAUUCACCGGCAGUGUGAAAUUGAAAGGGAUCAUCAUUGCUGGCGAAGAUGACGACUCACACCCUGCUGAGAUGAAGCUGUACAAAAACAUCCCCCACAUGUCAUUCGACGACACGGGCAGAGAACCUGAGCAGGCGUUUCGGCUCAACAGGGACCCGCUGGCGCAGCUGGAGUACCCGACUAAGAUUGCGCGCUUUUCCAACGUACAGCACCUGUCCAUCCACUUGUCGCGGAACUUCGGGGCAGAGUCCACGCGUGUCUAUUACAUCGGCCUGCGUGGCGAGUAUGCAGAGGCUCACAGGCACGAAGUGACGAUCUGCAACUACGAGUUGGCAGCAAACCCGGCAGAUCACAAGGUGGAAACACUCACUCCACAGACGCACUUUAUCUCCUGAGGAAGAUAAAGAUUAUCAGGGUGAGAGAAAGGAAAUGCGAAACGUGAUGCAGUGGGGAGUGGCAGUUGAGGCAGAAGGAUGAGAGAGGCGCGUGAAGAAGCUGUAAGCAGGUCUCACCAGUCCAAGGCUGCAGAAUGGAUUUUUGCCGGAUAUUUGUACAGCGCCAAAUUUGCUGCAUAAUUUAUAAUAAAGGGUGGUCGCUUCAGUGUUUCCAUUUUUGCUGUGAAUGACUUGUCACAUUUGGUUCAUGGAUAUUUCAGUCCACAGAACACACAUUGAAAUUUGCAACUUGGCCCAUUUCUGUCUGUUCGUUCCACUGCUGCAAAGCCGCUUGAGUGUAUUUUGCAAGAAUAUAACGUUAUGUGUACUGAACCUGUUUUGGUGUUGAAUCUAGUUCCCACCAUGCUCCAUUCAGCCCAUGCAGUUUUCUCGUCAAGUAAAAUUACUGCACAAUAAAACGAUAGGAUUUGUGCUAAAAUAAACGGCUGUUUUUUCCCUU